UUUUUUAGUUUGUAAUCGGCGGCCGGUUUAGUGGUUGUUUCUUUGGUUUUAAAAUAUUACUUUGGAAAAAAAAUAAACAGCGUCGUAUUUUAAAUGUACUUUUUUCCAUUUUAAAUCAUAAAUUACAGUAAAAACCCCUCUAUACUGAAUUUUAGUAAUAUUUAAUUAGAAGUAUAACUACAAAAUGUCUGUAAUGGGUAAAAUUAUUAUACCCCAUGUAUCAAGUCUAAGUUUUAGUAGAUUCAGUGCCGCGUUGCUCAGUGCUAGAGCAAAUAGGACCUAUUUUACUUACACUCAAGAAUUAUCUCAACCUUUGGAUAGGAAACCAGAAAUUUUACCAGCAAAAGAAGUGUUCCAAAAAUGUUUGCAAUCUUGUCAGACAGUCUUCGUCCAGGGUGCGGCGGCGACGCCCAACUCGCUCCUGACAGCUAUGACGGAGGUGGGCAAGAGCAAUUCUCUUCAAGGCAUCAAAGUAGUGCACAUGCACACCGAGAAGGAGGCACCUUAUGUGGCGCCCGAGUGCAAAGAUAUAUUUAGAUCUGUCUCCUUGUUCAUGGCUGCGAACGUCCGCAAGUCGGUAGCUGAAGGCCGGUCGGACGCCAUUCCAAUAUUCCUCCAGGAUAUCCCGAAAUUGUUUCACAGGAAAAUUAUCCAGCCCGACAUCGCUCUUAUCACGGUAUCACCUCCUGACAGCCACGGAUACUGCAGUCUCGGCACCUCUGUUGACUGCGUGCGAUCAGCGCUGGUCAACUCUAAGGUCAUUGUCGCUCAAAUCAACGCGCACAUGCCGCGCACAUUCGGCGACGCUAUCAUCCACGUGUCGCAUAUCGACUACGCGGUGCAGGACAACGUGCCGCUGCCCGAGCACGGCGCGGACAAGCAGGCCAGCCCCGAGGAGCAGAAGAUCGGCGAGCUGAUCGGACAGAACCUGGUCGUGGACGGGGCCACGCUGCAAAUGGGUAUCGGAAGCAUCCCCGAUGCGGUACUGUCGGCCCUGAAGGACCACAAAGACCUCGGGAUCCACUCGGAGAUGUUCAGCGUGGGUGUCAUUGACCUCGUGAAGCGUGGAUGUAUCACUAACAGCAAGAAGAAAAAGCAUAAGGGACGCAUUGUUGGCAGUUUCCUGGUGGGCAACCGGCAGUUGUAUGACUUUGUUGAUAACAAUCCUUUCAUUGAGAUGUUGGAGAUUGACUACGUGAACAACACGCACAUCGUGUCCUUACAGCCGGACAUGACGGCCAUUAAUUCGUGCAUCGAGGUCGACCUCACCGGCCAAGUGUGCUCCGACUCUAUAGGUACACGUAUGUACUCGGGCUUCGGGGGACAAGUGGACUUUAUCCGGGGUGCUGCUGAAGCUGUGGAUGGGAGGGGCAAGCCGAUCAUCGCUCUCGUCUCCACAACCAAGAAGGGGGAGAGCAAGAUCGUGCCUACGCUUAAAGUUGGUGCCGGAGUAGUGACCACCCGCGCUCACGUCCAUUACGUGGUGACUGAGCAAGGCAUCGCCCAUCUCUUCGGGAAGACCCUCAGGCAGCGCGCCUACGAACUGAUCAACAUCGCACAUCCCGACCACCGCGAAGCGUUAGAGAAAGCAGCAUUCGAACGCCUCAAAUGUAUGCCGUCGCCUUAAAAAAGACUUUGUACUCUAUAAUUAUUUAUACAGGGUUAGUAAGAAAAAAUCCGACUCGAAACAGCAGAAUGGCUUUCUUAAAAUUGUACCACAAACUGUUAUUUUUUACUACCAUUUGUGAAGCAGAAAAUAAAUCAUUCAUUCAUUCAUACAAUCGAAAUGAAUAAAUAAAAUAUGAAAAUGAACUAUAAAACAUUAUUUUUAUAUUUCAUUUUGAUAUUUUCUUUUCAUACAAAUCGCGCCAUCGCAAUCUGUUCAGUAUGAAAGAUUUUUUCAUCUAUGUCUAAUUUUUUUUUAUAUUACCACUAUGGACAAAAGUGUUUCACAAAUUUUAAUUAGGUUUCAAUUUGCUUUACAAUUUCCUACUAAUCCUAUAUGAAGAACGCGAAUUUUAGUGACUGACGUGUCAACAAACGAAUAUCUGUUUUAGUAACAUUUUUACCACAUACACUAUGCUUUUAUUGUAAUCAGUAUAAAAUAGAAAUAUAGACGGAACGUAAUAGUGACUGAAUUUUUUAAAUUAAUCCUACUAUUUUAGUAGUUUUAGAGUUUCACUAUAUACAUUGUGACACAGCUGUGGCGUCAGCUAAAAGAGCUUGUUGAAUAGUUGUAAACCCCACUGCCAUUAGUGCAUCUGGCAUUGUCAGUAUUUUUUCAAAUCUAUUUGUCAAUUUUCCAGGGAAUUUGCAUUUCUAAACAUUUGUAUUGGCUAAUUGUUAUAUUAGAUAUUUAAGACGUUUAGCAUUAUGCUAGUCUAUUCCUUAAUGAUAUGCCUUGAAUAUGUAAAAGGACUGUAAUAAUUGUGUAUCCAGAGAUAGCAUAGUUUAAGCUAAAAUCUAUUUUGUUAUGUUCUUGGUUAGGUCAAUAUGAAUGGGAGUUACUCAAGACAGUAUAUUGUUAAAAUAGUAAGUAUUCAUUUCAUAAGUGAGAAAAGGCCUAAAAUUGUCUAAAGAGUACCUAUCAGUCAUUGUUUAUUUUUUCACCUCUCCAUUCAUAUUGUUCUAAAUAUUCACAACUAUAAUUUUAAGCUUCUUAUCGAAUUUAUUUACCGAAAUAACAAUAAAUAGUUUUUUUUUGGAUUGUAUUUUUACUUUAUUUAUUCAAGUAAAUUUUAUCUAUGUGGCAACAUUGUAUUUUGCAUAAAAAAAUUACGUUAAAAUAAAAUAACUAAAUUGAAUAA